AUGUGGGGAAGCUGUGCUUUGUUGCUGGUGGGCCUCUAUUUCCACACCACGGAUGGGGUCAUCCCAGAAGAAGAACAAGACCCUGAUUUCUGGAACCGGCAGGCGGUGACUGCUCUUAAGACAGCCCAGCAGCUACAGCCCAUCAACACGGCAGCCAAGAACCUCAUCCUCUUCCUGGGGGACGGGAUGGGACUGCCCACCAUCACGGCCACCCGCAUACUCAAAGGACAAAAGGCAGGUCAUCUGGGCCCCGAGACCCCCCUGGCUAUGGACCGCUUCCCUUACGUGGCUCUUUCCAAGACGUACAAUGUAGACAGGCAGGUCCCGGACAGUGCGGGCACAGCCACCGCCUACCUCUGUGGCGUGAAGGGCAACUACAAAACCAUCGGACUCAGCGCUGCUGCCCGCACGGACCAGUGCAACACCACCGCGGGCAACGAGGUCUACUCGGUGCUGCAGCGGGCCAAGAAAGCAGGAAAGUCCGUGGGGGUGGUGACCACCACGCGGGUGCAGCACGCCUCGCCCUCGGGCACCUACGCCCACGUGGUGACGCGCGACUGGUACUCGGACGCCGACAUGCCUCGCGAGGCCCUGGCGGGCGGCUGCAAGGACAUCGCUUCCCAGCUGGUCGCCAACGUGGACAUUGACGUGGUCCUGGGCGGGGGCCGAAAGUACAUGUUCCCCGCGGGAACCCCGGACCCCGAGUACUCGGGCACCGUGGGCGGAGUUAGGAAGGACAGCCGGAACCUGGUGCAGGAAUGGCUGGACAGCAGACAGGGCGCCAGCUACGUGUGGAACCGCGAUCAGCUGCUGAGAACGGCGCGGGACCCCUCCGUGACGCGCAUCCUGGGCCUCUUUGAGCCCGUGGACACCAAGUACGAGGUGCAGCGCAACAUGUCCACCGACCCCUCCCUGGAGGAGAUGACCGAGAUCGCCGUCCGGGUGCUCAGCCGGAACCCCAAGGGCUUCUACCUCUUCGUGGAGGGAGGCCGGAUCGACCACGGCCACCACGACGGCAACGCGCACUUGGCCUUGACUGAGGCGGUCAUGUUUGACUCAACCAUCGACAAGGUCACCCGGAUGACCAGCGAACAGGACACGCUGAUUGUCGUCACUGCCGACCACUCGCACGUCUUCUCCUUUGGGGGCUACACCUACCGGGGCAGCUCCAUCUUUGGAUUGGCUCCCAAAAAGGCCCUGGACGGGAAAUCGUACACUUCCAUCUUGUACGGCAACGGACCCGGCUACCAGAUCAAUGGGACUAGGCCAGACGUCAACGAGAGCAUCAGUGAGCACGUGUCCUACAAGCAGCAGGCCGCUGUGCCCCUGGUCUCGGAGACUCACGGCGGGGAGGACGUGGCCAUCUUCGCCCGAGGCCCGCAGGCCCACCUGUUCCACGGCGUGCAGGAGCAGACCUACGUGGCCCACGUGAUGGCCUUCGCCGCCUGCCUGGAGCCCUACGAGAACUGCAAGCUCCAGGCCUACAACGGGGCGGCCCGCGGCGGCGGCGGCGGCUUCCAGGCACUGAGGCCGCUGCUGCUGGUGAUCCUGGCCCGGGCCUUGCUGCCCUGAGCGGCUCUGGGCUGACCGGCCGCCCUUCCGGGGACGCCCACCGCGGGAGGCCCCGCCAACCGCCAAGCAAUAAAUCAGGGAUCAAAGUCUCGAACCCAGACUGUUCUCACUGAGCCCCCCCUCGCGUGGCCGCUCGGGAGCGGCCUCCUCCUCGGGAGCCGUUUCCUCCGCCUCGGCUCUUCACUGGCUGCGGGGGGCGGGGGGGGGGGCAUCACCUUCUGCGGGUCCCGCGCUUCAAGGCCGGUCCCCACGUGGUGAAAGCGAGGAAGGGCCCGAGACAUGCCCACGUUGGUCCCCGCGGCCACUCCUGCUGCCGCCUCCAGUGAGGAGCCGGAUCGGCGCAAGGAAAGGAUUCCGGAUGGGGAGGGUCAGUGUCCCGCAGCUCUGGUCGGGAUCCUUUGUUUCCCCACCAUCCCCAUUAUCCACCGCAGCUCCUCCCCCUCCCAAAGAGCCUUCAUCCCGAGCAAAGAAUAAAGCAGAAAGGUGAGGGAUACAGCAAAAGUGUCUGACGUCACCUGCCUCAUUCCCAUAGUCCUCUGCAAGAAAAGAAAGGUGCCUUCUUGUAGCUGUUCUUUAAGGUCAAGCUUUGUCGUCCUAAUUUCACAGCAUUCUCUUUCAACUGUUUUUUUUUGGGGGGGGUCAUCAUUUUUAGGGUUGAAAUCAUUCCUAUGCUGUUUUGAUGGCUCUGCUCCCUUCACUUUUCACAAAUCACAUACAUCUUCCCAUGAUUGCCUAUAUUCAUUGGAUUUCUCAUUUUUUUUCAGUUGC